AAACUAACAUAUAAAUAACGUUAAGUACGUUGCCUAGCUUAAUCAGUUGAGGAAACCCCCGGCCGGCAAGAUGGCAAAAACAAGAAGAGCGGUGAAAAUAUGUCUCAGCGUCCUGCCCAUUCUCCUCUCUGCCCCCAUUAUAGCGGCCGGCAUUUGGGCCAGCAAUUCUUGCGCCAAUUUCUAUUUCCAGCAGAUUAUAAUCUCAAUGGGAGCUUUGAUGUUCUUGGUGGGGCUGGUAGGCUGCUGCGCAAUAUCCACCAAGGAUGAGGAUGGGGAACUGGGUGCCACUUAUUUUGGCACCACCUUUCUCCUAUUCCUCAUGGCCGUUGCUCUCUUCAUUGCCGCUUUCGUCGUCACCGGUUACUCCGGCUCCCCGCACUCGGUCCCCGGCCGGAAUUACGUCGAGUACCGCCUCGAUCACUUCGCUUUCUGGCUUCGCCGGAGGGUCAGCGGCUACUUCCGGUGGAAUCCCAUUAUUAACUGCCUCACCGGUUCUAAUUGGUGUGAGAAGUUAGAUAAGACUUACUCCUCUUCUCAACAAUUGUUUAAAGCACACCUCACCCCAUUGCAGUCAGGAUGUUGUAUGCCACCUGCAAAAUGUGACUACACUUUUGUGAGCCCAAUAAAUUGGAAAGUCUCAAAAGACAAUAAAACAGACAGUGACUGCCUGAAUUGGAGCAAUGAUCCAAGAAACCUUUGCUACUCUUGUGAUUCAUGCAAAGCAGGAUUUCUGGCGGAUAUAAGGAAGAAAAUUAGAAUAGCAAACCUCAUUAUGUUUAUUGCCUUUUUGGUAGCAAUGGUAGUUUGCGUUGGGUCUUGUAUUAAUCGUAUAUUAGAGUAACUUGGGCUGUUUAAUUUGCACUCGUCACUUGGUCCAUAUUAGUCGUAUAUCAUACAUAAUCAAUGGGCCAUAGUUUAAAUGUUGGCUAGAGAUUUGUCAUAAAGGAGAUUCCAUUCAUAGUUUCCACAUCACCGUCUACAAUUAAGUAAACAGUCCCUAAUACUACGUACUACAUAUGUAAUAAAUAGAAAAGUGUGAAUUAAAGGAAUAUUUAUC